AUGGCGACUUUUUUAUCACCAACUAUCACUAUUAGAAUUUCUCAGAAUGUCUCAAGACAUUUCAUUUCUAUUCGAGAAGCAAUUUUCCUCACUAAAAAUCAUAAUCUCGGUUCAAUGCUACCGUUAUAUUCAACACCAAAUCCGAAAUCCUAUUUACAUACAUUAUCUUCAAAACGUGCAAACUUGAAUUUUAUAAACGAAAAUUCGUACAUUAGCAUAGAAAAUUUUCGAAGAAUAUCAAUUUCAAGUCUUCGUGCAUUUCCUCCAAAUGCAGAAGUACCGAAAUUUCAACCAAAUAUUGGUACUGUUAGAUAUUUGCCUCCGCCAUCAGACUCUUUGGGCGGAUCACAAAUAUCUCCUGAGGCCGAGGAAACAGAGGUUCAAAGAGUUAAUGAUAGAAUUAAUGAAAUUAAGAAUGCAAAAUUAAUAUUCAACCAAUCUUGGAAGAAUAUCGAGGACGAAUAUGGACGUGAUAAACUCUGGCUACCGAGGGAGAUUAUAUGGCUGAUGGGAGCGCCAGCAUCAGGAAAGGGAACACACACUAAAUCAUUAUUAAAAGCACGUGGCAUUGACAAUCCGGCUAUCAGUAUGUCAAAACUUUUAACAUCCCCUGAAUGUCAAGAGUUGAUUAAUAAAGGGCAAAUGAUCAGUGAUGGAAAAGUUCUCGAAAGUCUAUUUCGAGCACUUCUUAACUGUGAUCCAACAAUUGGUUGUCUUGUUGAUGGAUUUCCGCGAACAGAAAUUCAAGUUGAAUGUUUGAAAUUGUUGUAUGAUAAAAUGCACGAAUUACGGCGAGAAUUUUGGGACACGCCUCAGAGAGAUAAAUUCCCACGACCUACAUUCCGGAUUUGCGUCUUAUAUGUAGAUGAGGAAGUAUCAGUGGAACGCCAAUUAAUGCGCGGAAAACAAAUCCGAGAACACAAUGCCAGGGUUCGACAAACUGGCCAAGAUGAACUUAUUGAAGAAAGAGUUACUGACUAUGAUGAAAUGCUAAUCAGAGCUCGUUAUAGAAUAUUUAAAGAGCAUUUUGGUGCUUUGAUGAAACUUGCAAAGAUCUUUCCUUUUCAUUUGAUUAAUGCUGUUGGAACAAUUGAGGAAGUAAUGUUUUUGAUUCUUAAAGAGUUUGAGUAUCAAAGUUCGCUUGAACUUGAUCAUGACACAUAUGAUGCGAUUGCACACAUACCUUUAGCUACAAAGAUUAGUAUACAUGCAAGACAAGAUUUGAUCAGUCGACUUGAACAUUAUCAAGAUACUGAGCCAGAAUUAUUUUUAAAAGCUAUACAAUUCGUGAACAGCCAAGUUAUCCCUAUGGUUCAAAGGCAUGCAAUUAGUGGACACGCACUUGUUCGAACGGCAUCACAAGAAUUAGGGAAUCAACAUCUUGUAGAUAUGAUUAUGGAUGUUUUAUCAGAACGAGGAUAUCAUGUUAUGUUUGAUGUCCGAGUUCAAGAAAUUCCUGCUAGAAUUAAUCCUGAAACAUGGGAAAUCAUUUUGGAAAAGCGACACGAUUAUAUGUUUAGUUUACGCUUUCCUAAACAUAUUAUCCAACCACUUGAGCAGAAAUUUUAAAUGUAUUAUUAUAUUAAUCUUUAUAGUAAAAUUUGGGACUUAUUAAUAUGUAGAGUAUGUAGAGCAUGUAACCAAUAUUUAUUGAAGUUAGAAAUUCAUAGAGAGCAUUAUGAUAUAUUACGAAUAGUAUAUCAUAAGCUUCAUAAAAAUUCAAAAUACUACAAUGUAAAUCCAUAAAAUAAAUAAAAUAAACAAUAUGAAUUUGUUACUUAUUUAGUAAUAGUUUCUUCUUAAUCACCCAACAUUAUUUGCAUAAAAAGGGUGUUCAGUCUUAAUCCUAUCUCUUAAUGAUCUCCUCAAAAUUUUA